AUUUUAUUUCCAACACGUUCUUGACUUCGAUCCAAAUUUUCCAACAUUGAAAACCUGAGCAGCAUGCCGCUAUUUAUUGCACCCGUACGACUGGAAGAUUUCGAUAUCAUUGAGAAACAUGCCGACAUAUAUGAACCCGGCGAUGAUCUUGUAGCUCCGCCAUAUCCUCUAGCUUGGCCAAUUACUACCCGAGAGGAGGCACAGCAUCGGCUCCAAUUCGCCAUGGCCAAGCAAAGACGACGAUUCCAGGAGGAUUCGACCGCUCGAUUUGUCAAGGUGGUAGACGCUCCCUCAGCCACGCAGAUUGACCAAGGAGAGAUUAUCAGCAUCGCUCGGUGGCAUUAUUUUCCGUCUGGUUAUGACUUCCCAACCAUGAUUGACUGGGAGUUGGCCGAGAAAGUAUCUGGUCAGGAUUGGCCCCAAACCUUCAACCGGACACUCCACGACUUCAUCCUUUCUACCCGUGAUGAGGCGAGGAAAGAAUGGAUUGGCCAAGGUUCCCCCGUGUGGAUUCUUAUGCACAUGGUUACGCGGCAAAGCCAUCGGGGUCGGGGUGCUGCUGCCAUGCUGAUUAAAUGGGGGAUCGAAGAGUCCGAGGAGAGUGGCAUUCCUGCAUAUCUAGAAGCUGGGGCACAGGGGCGCCCGAUUUACGCGAAAUAUGGUUUUGAACAGGUCGGCGAUAUCAGAAAGCUUGAUUUGAAGCCUCAUGGUGCGGAUGUAGUCUUUGAGUUGGUCAAUAUGGUUCGAUUUCCGCAGAAGCAAUUGGCAUAAUAUGAGCAAAGUUUGUACAUCUUGGACGAUGAGUCAUUCUCUUAACAGUGACACGCGGUGACCAAAAAAAUACAGCAAAGACUCGUACAGAUACAAUUUUGG